AUGUACAUUCAGCUUCUCCUGAUCUUACCUCUUGGAAACUUUCGACCAGAGCCACUGAUCCGUGGAAACUACCUGCCCAGCUCCAACUCCCCCUCUCUAGCAGAGGUUGGUACCAUAUCAUCGUUUGCGCAUAAGCGCCUGACUGGAACCCGAAGCGAACCCCUCCAGCUCAUGUGCUUCAGCCACGCCAAACUUGGCUGGCAUCGCUACGAUCGACCGUGUGAUUCCAGUCUCAGAGGAACAGUAGCAUCACUCCGACUAGAAGAUCGACGCUCCCUUCCAAUCGCAAUGCAGAGCCACGCGCCUCGCCCUCCGCGUAUCCUGCCAGCCCCGGCCUUCCGUUCCGUCGAUCUGGAGCUUGAAGGCGCGUAA